CACGUCUACACAGCAUCACCAUGAACAUACGCUGCGCAAAACCGGAAGACCUAAUGACCAUGCAGCACUGCAAUCUGCUGUGCCUGCCCGAAAACUACCAGAUGAAAUACUACUUUUACCACGGACUAACCUGGCCUCAGCUUAGCUACGUGGCCGUCGACGACAAGGGCGCCAUUGUGGGCUAUGUCCUGGCCAAGAUGGAGGAGCCAGAGCCCAAUGAGGAGAGCCGCCAUGGGCACAUCACCUCGCUAGCGGUCAAGCGUUCCUAUCGGCGAUUGGGCCUGGCCCAGAAGCUCAUGAAUCAGGCCUCUCAGGCGAUGGUCGAGUGCUUCAAUGCCCAGUACGUGUCCCUGCACGUGAGGAAGAGCAAUCGGGCUGCCCUGAACCUCUACACCAACGCCCUCAAGUUCAAGAUCAUCGAGGUGGAGCCGAAGUACUAUGCCGAUGGCGAGGAUGCUUAUGCAAUGCGACGCGACCUCAGCGAGUUUGCCGAUGAGGAUCAAGCCAAGGCUGCCAAGCAGUCGGGCGAGGAGGAGGAGAAGGCGGUCCACAGAUCCGGCGGGCACGGCCACUCGCACAACCACAGCGGUCACGAUGGCCAUUGUUGCUGAACACUUUCGCUGCCGGCGCAUGCUGGUUUCGACGUUUUUUGCAUUUUUGUGCAUUAGGGUUUUGUAAUUAAUUAACAAUAUAAAACGUAACUAAAAUUAAAACAAAAGUAAUGACAAAAAGAGAAUGUUUUAUCAAUAAAGGGUUUGAAGGCCAAUCAGUAAUAAUAAAACUUUUUACGGCUUCUGUUUCUAAUUGGCAAUCUAAAAUGCAUAAAUACAAUAAUAUUUUUCCAAUUUUAA